UGCGUGGACCUCGCUCAGGUACUACUUGACUACCUCUUGGAGGAUCCUUUUUCAGUUCCUUAUAUUCUCUGAUCGGAGAGAUCAUGGCUGAGGGUGGUGUCCCGUACCCCUCCGUGUUCAUGGUGGAUAGCCAUGCAGCCUACCCACCGCUGCCCCCCAAACCGAGACCUCCUGGUCGGGGUGGUGUGGCCCAAAGCCUGCUGUUCUUGCUGGUUGGUCUGGCUUUGUGUGGAUUGGCCAUAGAGGCCUGCUUCAUCUACCACCUCUACUCCAAACAGGGAUCUGCGGAGUCAGGGUCAGCUGGUAUGAGUAUCCAAGACCAAGAGGACAUUCCGAAGGAGGUUCCCCCAACUUCAAGACCAAACCCUAUUGUGUUGCCUUCAAAACCUGUUGCACAUCUGACAGCUGGACCUCAAGCACCCCAUGGAGAUGGAGUCAUGGUAUGGAACAUGCAGGCAGAACCAAUCCUCCAUGAAAUGGAGUACAAAGAUGGGAAGCUUGUCAUCCAGAAGGAAGGCUACUACUACGUCUACUCUAAGAUCUUCUUCAGUGAGGUCGAUGUUGCGUUCACACACUCGGUCUGCAGAACUACUCCACGGUACCUUGGGAAGGACAUUGAACUCCUUAAGUCCAGGAGAUAUCACCCCAAGUUUGGGAAAAUGAUGUCCACAUCAAACAGCUACCUGGGAGGGGUGUUCCACCUCUUUGAAGAUGACUCCCUCUUUGUCAAAGUGAAAAAUGUCACUCAAGUUCGGAUACAACAUUCCACAGAGAACGUGUUUGGUAUCUAUAUGAUAUAAUACGGGUUGAUGAUGAAUAUACUUUUUUUAGGUAUCUGGCUGAUUAUCAUUGGUUUAAGGCAUAAUAAUACUGUAGGCCAAUUUACAUGUAAUAUUGCUACGCAGGGCCUUCCCCCUCAUUUUCUUUAAACAAAUCCUUGCAUCAAGAUGAAAUUCGAUGCGUGGAAAAUUUACUGUUGACGAAAAAGCCCCUUUAUAAUAAAGCCAUAAUAAUGUUUGCCAUA